UAUUGUUACAAGUAUCGUUACAAGAGCCCCAUGAUGGUCAACUAAUAUGUCUAUAUGUUUAAUUCAUUACUGAAUGCAAUACCCUCGCAAUUUUUUAACGGUAUCGCGUGAGCAUCGACCACAUGGCAUGUCAGUGGCCUUCUAGUGGUGAGGGGCACUCCUGAAGCGAACACAGCACAAUACAUUUGAGCUACCACUCGCCUCACACGACCGCACAUAAAGCUGGCAAUCCCGCCUAUCUUGCCGCUACUAGGCUGCUGACAGGCCAUAUGGUCGAUGCACGCGUGAUAUUGUUAAAAAAUUACAAGGGUGUACAUAAUGUAUAUCUGAUUGCCUCAUACUGCCCUAGCUUAAUUUAUUUCAGGCCAUCUUUAGAUUGACAUUUAGUGGCAUACGUAGGGCAUGAUAGUCACAUCACCAUCUCGGAAAAGAACAUAUCAGUGAUUGAAAUUAAAUGAUGAAAGAGUUUUCUGAAAGAAACCUCACAGUUUCUUUCUCCAUGUAGCAGCUUUAGGACAUCUUGAUGCAUCAAAUAAUUUGCUUCUACAGGAAAAAUGGCUGCAUUUUCAUAACAGCCUGCCCUGCAUAUGCUCAUGCUGCAGUUUUUCUAUUCAAGUUUUUACCCCGUAAAAGUGAGUAAAUAUUAGCUGGUCACAUUUUUCUAUCUCCAUUUUAAAUGUAGGCAAUGGAAAAGGCUGCCAAGCGGUUCAAGUCAAAGAAGAAAGAAGUAAAGGCAGCAUUUCAGCAGGAACAAAUGGAUGCGCUGUUUGCCAUAAUUGGCCAUAGUGAACCAGACUGGGAAGCCGAGGCCAAGUGGGUGGAGCAGGAAAAUAGCCUGCUGAAAGCUACAAAUGAUCGGCUCAAAACAGAAAAUGACAAGCACAACAAAAGAGUGGAAAUGCUUGAGAAAGCACUGUGCAGCAAGAUCUUUAAGACAGAAAACCGCAUGCUGUCUCAGGAGCAUCAACCUGGCUCCUGCACAACAGUGGUCGAGAAAUGUUCCAUACACAAGAAACCACCACAGGUGCAGGUUUUCCCUGAGGGAGCAGAGCGUGUGUCACCUGCUGCACCCACACUUGAACAGUCAUCGCCCACCAGGCCACUGUCUGCAGCAGAGGCCGAAGUAAGCUGGGAGGGUGCUGACAAUGAGACGGUGGAAGCUGCGAAGCUGUAUUCACCGACUGGGAACGAGGCCUCAUUAACAGAAGUGUCACUGGUGCUGCAUCAAACAGGACAAAAACGGAGGCCAAGCCACCUUUGGAUACAACAAAAUAUGACAUUCUGAAAGCAUUUUUCAGGCACUACCUCGAGCGCCGAUGCAGCACCGAGAAGAAAUUGCAACAAGACACAGUUGCCUUGGCAAAAUAGUCGCCUGUAAGAUAGCAGACAUCAUGAAGGGACAGAAGAAGCAUAUGCAGUUUUGAUUUUGAGAAUAUAUUUGCACAUAUAUAUGCCUCAAUCAUCCACUCUGCUUACUAUACUAGGGGUGUUGCCACAUUGCAGACCCCCUGCAUGAAGACAGACCCCCACGACACACAUAUACAAGGCUAAUUCUAAAAGGCAAAUACCUUACUAAUAGGUGUCGAUGAUCCAAUAGGCAAGUACAAAGCUAAUACGUUACCAAUAGGCCAAUAUAGUUCCAAUAGACAAGUACAGAACCAAUAGGUCAGUAUAGUUCCAAUAGGCAAAUAAAAAACCAAUAGACCAAUAGGUGUCAAUAACCCAAUAGACUAUUGGCUUUUCUAUUGGGAAUUUUUGCUAGGGAAGACCUUCAUUACAAUCGCGACCGAUACCAUUAUCAAUUAUUGUGACAACUUCCAGCUUCACCACUGCCAUCAUAGGCUCAAUGCAUCAUAUUUAGUCGAAUCUAGGCUGAUAGUUUUAGGGUCGGCUUAGAUUCGAGGAUUAACAAAAAUGUGCGAGUUUUUAGUUGAAACUGAUAAAUAUGGUGCACAACUAGUGCCCAUCUAGAAAAAUCAGUAUUGCAGCCGCUACUAACUGUGCCAGUAGCCAACUGAAGUACACGAGCGAUGCCACUAUUUUGGCCUGUGUUGGAAAGGCGUGUGGCAUGGCAGUAUCGCAAUGGCACCAAACAGGUGACGCCACUAUGGUGCCACUUUCAAAUGAAAAGUUGUGCUAGCCACAGAGGCAUCGUCGAACAUUCAACCUGGGCAGGACUUCGGCGUUGAUGCGAAAAAUGUGUCAUUGGAGUGGGCAACGGUUGAGUGAGCGUUCCCUUUGAAACGGGGCGAUGGCAGUUGCCACCAUGCUCAGAUUUUUAUUUUGCCUUUUAUUUUUAUCUGUGUUGUGUGUUAUCGAAUUUCUCGAUCUUCUUUAAAUACGUCUUCCUACCCUUUUAACCUUAUGUCACCUCUAUGCUUUUGAGCCACCAAUCCUCCAAUCGCCUUUUGCUAAUUUCCACCGCAUAUUUAUUUACAUGACUAUUAUUAUCUCUGAACCCUAGGGCCUCAGGAAGGGUGACUGUGGCCACAUCGACAUCGGGUUUGAUACCAUCACAUUUUAGUACGAGGUGUUCCAUUGUUUCUACAUAUUUACCACACACAGUACAUGUGUCUUCUUCUUCGUUACAUUUCUUUUUAUAGCUCCACGUUCUAAGACAUGCUGAUCUAGCUUCAAAGAGUAGGGCACUGCGUCUUGAGUUAUCAUAAAACGCUUCCUUCCUGAUCUGCUGUUUCCAGUAUCGAUAUAGUUCCACACUAUGCUUCUUUUCCAUUGAAUUUAUCCAAUUUUUACCUUCCGCAUUUUUAACCUGUCGUUUAAUGCUCCGUCUUUCUUCGUCGUCGUGUCUGGCAUACUUACUGGUUAGCUUCCUAGUUCUUUUCCGCCAUUGAGAGUCAACGCUCUUUCUGUAUAGGUAUUUAAACACCUUAGCUGCCCACCUGUUAUCGUC